AUGACAGCAGAUGUUGAAGAACCGAUUGAGAAAUUUUUGGAGAGGAUUCAACAAAAAGCUGAGAAGUGCUCGUUCGGAAAAACAGCUCUGGACAGUCGGCAGAUAGCUAUAAUGGACAAAGUAAUUCAAGCUGCUCCAGAGGAUCUCCGAGAAAGGUUAUUAGAAAGGGAAAAUCUAACGUUAAAUGAUUGUGUUAAGGUAGUAAACUCCUAUCAGGCAGUGAAGUACCAGGCAUCUGCGAUGAGCAAGAAACCAAAUCUGUCGAUUUCAAACAUUCAGCGGCUCUAUGCAAAACCAAAAAUGACUACCAAAAUAGAAUUUCAGCAGGGCGGUAGACCAAGAUGCACACGAUGUGGUUACAACCAACAUAGCGGAGAAAGAUGUCCGGCCACAAAUCAAAAAUGUUUGCGAUGUGGUGGAAAUGGUCACUUUAAGUCGGUAUGCAGAAACCUUAGUGUAAGGGUUAAUCCAAAUACAGGAAAUUUUGGAAAACGUUUUCCUCCGGCUGAAGAUGAAAAGCGGCCACGAAGCGUGUUGGCUGUCGAAGUUGACGGAUAUAACUUAGAGGAAAAAUUGCCUGUUUAUAAUAUUGAAGAUACAUCGGACGAUCAUAUUAACUGCUUAGUAGGAGGAAUAGCUAUACAAAUGCUGAUCGAUUCCGGUUCAAAAUAUAACCUUAUUGAUGAUAACACAUGGAAUAUGAUGCAGCUACAAAAUGUGACUGUUAACAACAUUCGUUUUGAUUCAACCAAAAAGUUUCUCGCGUAUGGUAAAGUACCAUUGAAACUAUUAACCGUUUUCGAUGCCAACAUCCAAAUAAUCGGGGCCGAUGAAAAAGUUCAAACCCACUCCACGUUUUUUGUAAUCGAGAAGGGUCAGCAGGCAUUGCUCGGAAAAGAUACCGCCCAGAAACUUGGUGUUCUUCGAGUUGGCCUUGAAAACUGUUCGAUUGACAGAAGCGUGGCUCCCGUAAUACAACCGCUUCGGAGAUGUCCAGUCCCGCUGUUAGAAAAAGUUAAAGCAAAGUUAGAUGAUUUAUCGGCGCAAGGUAUAAUAGAACGUGUUGAAAGACCGACGUCCUGGGUUUCACCACUAGUUCCUAUCCUUAAGGACAACGGUGGCUUACGUAUUUGCAUUGAUAUGCGUCGGGCAAACCAAGCAAUUCAACGUUUAAACCAUCCUUUACCGGUGUUCGAGGAGAUUCUAUCCAGGAUUCGAAACGCACGUUUCUAUUCGUUGUUGGACAUGAAAGAUUCAUACUAUCAUAUCAUACUUUCUGAAGGAUGCAGAGACAUAACAACCUUCAUCACUAACUGGGGAUUAUUUCGAUUCAAACGUUUAUUUUUCGGAGUAAAUUGUGCCCCUGAACUGUUUCAGAGUUUGAUGGAGAGUUUGUUUGCGACGUGUGGAAACAUGGUGGGAUUCAUAGAUGAUUUUUUGAUAUACGGCGAAACAGGAGAGGAACAUGAUCGGGCACUCAAAUCAGUAGUACGGAGAAUUGACGAACUCGGAAUUCAACUUAACCAUCACAAAUGUAAAUUCAAACAAACAGAAAUCAUUUUCUUGGGUCACAAGCUUUCGGAAAAGGGUGCGCUCCCUUCGGACGAUAAAGUUGAAUCUAUUUUGAACUGUCGUGCUCCCAAAUCACGAGAAGAGCUCCGGAGUUUUCUAGGUCUCGUUACCUACGUUUCCCGUUUUAUCCCAAAUCUAGCAACCGAUAGUUCUCCUUUGAGAGAUUUGGUCAAACCAUCAUCUAGAUUUGAAUGGGAACAAAUACAUCAAACUUCAUUUGAUUUACUCAAACACCGCAUUGGGUCCAUGGACUAUUUAGGUUAUUUCGACCCAAAAGACCGCACAUUAUUGGUCACUGAUGCCUCAGGGGUAGGGCUAGGUUCCGUGCUGAUCCAGUUCAAAGGAAGUUUGCCAAGAGUAAUUAGCUACGCAUCGAAGAGUUUGUCGGACACGGAGAAAAAGUAUCCAGCUAUCGAAAAAGAGGCACUCGGAAUCGUAUGGGCGGUUGAAAGAUUCCGCAUAUUCUUGAUAGGUAUUACUUUCGAGCUCGAGACCGAUCAUCGACCACUAGAAACUAUUUUCACAGCCACUUCUCGACCUACGAUUCGAAUUGAGCGUUGGCUUUUGAGAUUGCAAGCUUUUAAGUUCAUCGUUGUCUAUAGGAAAGGUUCCGCAAAUCUGGCUGAUUCGUUAUCCAGACUAGCCGCACACUGUAGCGACACAAGUUGGCAAGAAGAGUCUGAAGUUUUUAUACGUCACGUAAUGGCAGAAGCCUUGGCCACUCUGGGAGGUGGAACGAAUGCUGAUUUCGAUGAGGAUACCGAAAUUUCUAUACGAGCCAUACAAGAUGCGGCGGCCAUCGAUAUAACAGAAGUAGUUGAGGGAACGAAGCUGGACGAUGAAUUGAAAACGUUGAAGGCAGCGGUUAUGUCGGGAGUAUGGAAAGAUGCGAAAUUGAAACCAUACGCACCUUUUCAAAAUGAACUCAGUUACAUAAAUGGCCUACUAAUGCGUGGCAGAAAAAUAAUAGUCCCAGUGAUGCUCCGAGACCGCAUGUGUACGUUGGCUCAUGAAGGGCACCCAGGACAUUCAGCGAUGAAAAGCCGAUUGAGGGAUAAAUAUUGGUGGCCAAAUAUGGACCAGGCUGCGAUCAAGAUGUGCGAUAAUUGCGAAGGAUAUCGUCUUGUACACACCGCGGACCCUCCAGAACCAAUGACGAGAAGAUCCAUGCCCGAGAAGCCGUGGGUUGACCUUGCGAUCGAUUUCUUAGGUCCUAUGCCUACGAGUGAAUAUGUGCUUGUCGUAAUCGACUACUAUAGCCGGUACAUGGAACUAGAGGUAAUGUCCAGGAUCACAGCUUGCGAAACGGUACGAAGAUUGAAGAAAAUUUUCAGAACAUGGGGUUAUCCAAGAACAAUAACCCUAGAUAACGCAAAACAAUUUGUCUCAAAGGAGUUUACUGAUUUUUGCACAUCGAUUGGCGUUGUUUUGAACCACACCACGCCGUACUGGCCACAAGCAAACGGUGAGGUCGAACGUCAAAACAGGUCACUGUUAAAACGGUUAAAGAUCUCGAAUGCUUUAUACGGGGAUUGGAAAGUCGAGUUGGACGAUUAUUUGAUCCUGUACAAUAACUCACCUCAUUCAGUCACUGGUAUGGCACCAAGUGAGCUGCUUCAAAAUAGAAAAGUUCGCUUCAAGUUUCCGCAGAUCGAUGACCUUGGUACAACCCCGCCACAUUCGGAUUUCAGGGAUAGAGAUAUACAAAAGAAAUUUGAAGGAAAAGAGCGAGAAGAUGAGAAGCGUAGAGCAAGACCAAGUAACAUUCAGACAGGUGACACAGUUUUAAUGAAAAAUUUAUUGACUCAAGAUAAGCUGACAACUGAUUAUGGCAAAGAGGAGUAUGUAGUUGUCAAAAGAAAUGGACCAAGUGUAACCGUUAAAUCAAGCGAAACUGACAAGUGUUUCGAUCGACAUACGUCUCACCUACGGAAGGUGUCGGGUCCAGAUGAGGUACAGUUUGAGCCGGGGGACACACCGUCAAUACAAGAAGCGACUGAACACAUUGCACUGCGAAGAUCAUCACGUGCUCCGAAGCCUUCAAAACGUUUCAGCCCAUGA